AUGGCUGGACGAUUGCCUCAAGGAGAAUGGUCCCCUCAGACCUACCACCAAGACGCCGCCUCCGAAACAACGGAGACAACAGAGACAACAGAGACAACUUCCGAAUUCGAUCUACAGGUCAAACCACAUGUCUACCUCCCACCAGGCAUGUCUAACGGGGCCGGCGUUGAAGCCUUUGUUCCUGAGCCUGGCCCAGAUGUCACCUCUCCCGCCGUGCCCGACUUUAAGAAGUGGCCUCUCAAAUCCGGCCAAGCAGAGAGGAGCUUGAAGAUCAUUUGCAAAGGUAUCGGGCUUCCAGAUACCUUUACUCCCAUCCAAGUAAGAGACUAUCUUUCUAGAAACCCCGAGCUCAUUCGUCACAUGGCGCUUAACACACUCCCCGAUCCGCGCGGCUACGUCGAGGAAGGCAACUUCGUGCGCGAGCUCGACGUCGAUCCACGUGUCCGGACCAAAUAUGUGUUGUUCAACAUGAACCAAAUCAUCUGGAACGAUGAAACCAUCGACUCUAUGCUAAGAGUUGUAUCUAGUAGAAGGACCCAAGAUGUGGAUACGGUCACGAAUAUCUACCGAAAGGACUACGGCCACAAGUUUGGGGCUCGCGUCAACAGGCACUACCGGGAAACAUGCCCCGGAUAUGCCGAACUCAAGGAUGACGAAAAAAUGGAAAAUCUGUUUCGCAUUGCACAAGGAGAGUCUGGUGGACUCUCCCAAGUUAUGAAUGUUGAUGACGAGUAG